CAUAUGCUUCUAAAUAUGUCUCCCAACUUGCUCUAUCGAAUAAAAUCACACAAUUUAUUUGGUAUCUAAAAAGCAUAACAUCUUAGUUCCUAUAAAUACUCUCAUUUACCAUUGUUUCAAAAUAACCUCAACAACCUUCAUAUAUAACUUUCUAUCUCUCUUACUUAAACUUCCAAACCUUUUACAACCAUCAGAUCGAAUUCAGUUUUGAUAUUCGAUCUGAUGGUUUGUACGUUCUAAAUAAGUCUAAAGGUAAUAAUCUAAACAGAUAUUAUCUCAAACUUAGACUUUCUCUUUGUGAGUAUAUAUAUUUCAGAAGAACAAGAACUUGAGAUUUCAUCGGUAUCAUCAUCGUCGUCGAGAUGGAUAAAGUGAUGAGGUUGGCAUCCGAAAAAGGUGUGGUGAUUUUCACAAAAAGCUCUUGUUGUCUAUGCUAUGCAGUUAACAUUUUGUUUCAAGAGCUUGGGAUAAGGCCUAUGGUUCAUGAAAUAGAUCAAGAUCCUGAAGGAAGGGAAAUGGAGAAAGCUUUGAUGAGGUUAGGUUGCACUGCACCUGUUCCUGCUGUGUUCAUUGGAGGGAAACUGAGAGGUUCCACUAAUGAAAUCAUGUCACUUCACCUAAGUGGGUCACUCACUCAGAUGUUGAAACCAUAUCAAUCUUGUUCUUGAAUCUUGAUACUUUGUUGCUGGAAAAUAAACUGGCUUGUUAGUAGUGAUCUUAGUAUUGAUAGUCUACUGUAGUGGUUUAUGUAUGAAAGAGUGCUUUCUAGCAUUUUAUUAACUAUAAUGUAAUCACAUAAAUAUUUUUAAUCAAGUUUGAUUUGUGUAUUUUUGUACCA